UGCAUUAAAUGUCAGUUGUCAUCAUUUUCAUAUUUUUCCAUAGUUCGUUAUUAAAAUUCUGUUAAAAUCCUUAAAAUUCAAACAUUAGCACCAGAGAGAUAAAGUAGUACAAGAAAAAUAUUUUAAGAAAAUGAGUAGAAGAAGCAAAAGAGUCAGACAAGUACUACCCGCAUACGUGAUUCCUAAUUUUGAAGAAUCUAAUUCAGAAAAUGAAAGUGAUAAUGAUAAUUUUAAUUUACUACAUGCCGCUCUAAAACAUUAUACUAAACGCGCUCAUAAAAGAAAUCCUUUUAAAAAAACUCCAGCUAAGAGAACACUCGCUAAAAAUACUGUAUCAGAAGUUAUUAAUUUAGAUUCAGAUUUCCGCGAAAAUGAUCUUUCUCAAGCAAUGAAAGAUAAUCAUCAGAAAAAUAUUCAAACUAAAGUAGAUUCGUUUUUUAAAUCUAGUCAUUUAUUAUCGGAUGAUGACGACGAACCACCUGCUACAAAAUCUCAGUCAGUUGGAAAAUCAACUGUAUCUAAAGAGAUAUAUGUACUUACAGAUUCUGAUGAUGAAAUACCAUCAACAUCAGUUACAAAAACUACAACUUCAUACUCAUGGAGUACUACUAAUCUAGAAGUAUGUAAACCUACGAAAGUUGAUAAGGAAGAGGAUAUUAUGGAAUUUGUAGAUAAGAUUUUGGAAUCAAAUGAUGGCGAAAUUAAUCCAGAACAAGACAGUUGGACUGAGUUUAAAAGCAAGACUGAGGAAAUUUUGGGUAGUGUUAAAGAAAUUUUAGGUUCUGUGGAAGAUAACGCACAGAAUAAAAAAGUUGAUUUGGUGGCAGAAAAUCCUGACAAAGACAAACGAACCUGUCCCAUUUGUUUUGAAGUUUUAGGCGGAAAUAAUGUUCCAGGGGCAACUGUGUGCGGGCAUAUAUUUUGCAUGGGAUGCAUUAAACAAGUGGCUAAAAUUUCUAAAUCGUGUCCUACUUGUAGAAAACGAAUUACCAUGAAACAAAUUCAUCCGCUGUAUCUGUAGACAUUGUUGCCUUUUUCAAUGUGAAGAUUGCCAUGUAGUUGAAUUCUAUUUAUAUACUUUUAUUUUUAAGAAACCAUUAAUUAUUAACAAUAUUUUUUAUACUGGUAGAUGAAUCAAUUAAAGAAAUAUAUUAUUUUCUUUUAAGAAUAAUUAUAUUAGUUUUCCAAGGCUUUUUUUAUAUUGUUUAUAAUACAGUAUUUUUUUUAAUUACUGAUAGUCGUGUCAAUAUCAAAAAAGUUUAGAAUUACUUAUUUUUUUUACUUGCAGAUGUCUAGAAGGUGAUAAAUCUAAUUUUUUCUAACAUGGGCUAUCUUCACUAAAUUUUAUUAAAGACUUAAGUGAGAUUAACUAAGUAAAUGAUAUUUAAAGAUAAACCGGCUCUAUCUCCCCCAUUUUUGUCUAAAACUAGUUCAUCGUGACCUCUAUUUCCUUGGCUAUGAUUUAAAUUCAAAUUGUACCCACAAAAUCAAUUUGUUCCCUAAUACCGUCUUUGGUCUUUAUCUAAAUACCAAAUUUUUAAAUAAUAACCCUAUAGUCGUUAAUUUGCUGGGUUAAGUUCAUGAGGUCCUGGUGGCCAUGAAAUUAGAAAAGGGUAAAUCUCUUUUUUUUUGUAGUAAUAAAUAUAAACACUUUAUGGAAUUUUGAAUGGCAGUUUUUACAUUUGCUUACUGUGCAUUUGUUAUUAUAUAAAAUUAAUUAUUACGUAAGAAAAUAAUUUGUAGAAAAUUCACUGACUGGUACAAAAAAGUAGAAAUACACCUCUACUCAUAGUAGAAGAAAAUUAAAAGGUUCAUUAAAAAUCGAGGGGUAAACUGCAAUUCAAGCAAUUCCUGUAAUUAAACAAAAUUCCACAGCAAUUUACACAUUUCCUUAAAUUCCUCACAAUUCACUAUCCUUGUACACCUCUGUGGUUUACCCCUCGCAAAAAAAUAGUAUGAAGAAUACGGUUUCCAAAGUGGAUAGCCAUUUGAAUACAAAUUGUGACAUCAAGCUCCUGUUGAUAUUUCCUUGUAUGUUGGCUACUAGUCCUCCAUAUUCUUAACCAGUUCUUCAUAGCCCAAUCCACCAAAUAAUUCUAUAGAUUUUUAAUAAACUAACAAGUGUACCAAAUUUUUAAAGUGUCCCUCUUUUUGUGCCUACCAGUGUAUGUAACAGGUUUAUUUUUUAAGUUGUGACAUAAUUUGAACAAGUUUGAUUGUUUGGUGAUACAAUACGGUAAUUCACAUUACAUCACAACUUUGUUUUAUUUUAUUUUUAGUUGCUGUGGAUUAAAAAUUAAGUUUAUAUACAAUUUUUAAAAUUACUAGAUAACUACGA